AUGAACGGCAUUUCCGUGGACAUCAACCACUUAAAGAAAGGCGAGGUGUCGCUAGGCACCUCAAUCAUGGCUGUAAACUUCAAAGACGGUGUUAUCCUUGGCGCAGAUUCUAGAACAACCACGGGAACUUAUAUCGCCAAUAGAGUUUCCGAUAAGUUGACGCAGAUUCACGACACCAUCUACUGUUGUCGCUCAGGCUCUGCAGCAGACACACAGGCAGUGGCUGACAUUGUGAAAUACCAUUUGCAAAUGUACUCGUCGCAAUUGCCACCAGGACAGAAGCCCACCACCGAGAUCGCAGCUAACGUGUUCCAGGAAAUCUGCUACAACAACAAGGACAGCUUGUCGGCGGGAAUCAUCUGCGCGGGAUAUGAUCGCAAAAACAAAGGCUCAAUCUACCUGAUUCCUAUUGGAGGCUCAAUCCACAAGCAGGAAUAUGCCAUUGCAGGUUCUGGAUCUACGUUUAUCUAUGGAUGGUGUGAUGAGAACUGGAAGCCCAACAUGGAGAAGGACGAGUGCGUGACGUUCAUAAAAAAUGCUCUUUCCGAGGCCAUCAAGUGGGAUGGACUGUCUGGAGGUGUCAUUCGGAUGGUAAUUUUGACCGAGACAGGUGUGGAGAGGUUGAUAUUCUACCCGGAGGACUACCAGCGAUAG